UACCUGUGAAUCUCCCCCCCUCCCCCAAAAUCAAUCCAUCCACACCGCUCGACGCUCGACGACCUCUCGUCGCCCAUCAACCCCCCUCCAUCCCGUUCUUCCCUGCUGCUCCUCGGUCCUCUCGCUCUCCGACACAUUGUCGUCAGCCGCCAUGGAUUCUCAACGGCCGAACGAUGUGUCGCCGGAGGCCAUGCAGGCGCGCAUCCAGCAGGCGCGACGCGAGGCUGAGAACCUGAAGGAUAGGAUCAAGCGGAAGAAGGAUGAAUUGGCCGACACUACUCUCCGCGCUGUUGCGCAGCAAUCCCACGAGGCCAUCCCCAGGAACCAAUUAAUGAAGACCAAGAGGACACUAAAGGGGCAUCUGGCCAAAAUCUACGCCAUGCACUGGUCCACCGACCGAAGACACCUGGUUUCCGCCUCGCAGGAUGGGAAGUUAAUUAUCUGGGAUGCCUACACGACGAACAAGGUUCACGCCAUCCCGCUGCGGUCAUCCUGGGUCAUGACCUGCGCCUACGCCCCCAGCGGUAACUACGUCGCUUGUGGCGGUCUCGACAAUAUCUGCUCCAUUUACAACCUUAACCAAAAUAGGGACGGGCCGACGCGCGUCGCCCGCGAGCUAUCUGGCCAUGCCGGCUACCUGUCGUGCUGCCGAUUUAUCAACGACCGAAGCAUCCUCACCUCGUCUGGCGACAUGACGUGCAUGAAGUGGGAUAUCGAGACGGGAACCAAGGUCAUGGAGUUCGCCGACCAUCUCGGCGACGUUAUGAGCAUCAGCUUGAACCCCACGAACCAGAAUACCUUCAUCUCUGGCGCGUGCGAUGCUUUCGCCAAGUUGUGGGAUAUCCGGGCCGGAAAGGCUGUGCAGACGUUCGCUGGACACGAGUCCGAUAUCAACGCUAUCCAGUUCUUCCCGGAUGGGCACUCUUUCGUCACCGGCUCCGACGACGCGACGUGUAGGCUGUUCGACAUCCGGGCGGACAGGGAGCUCAAUCUCUACGGCUCCGAAUCUAUUCUCUGCGGCAUCACGUCCGUUGCGACGUCGGUCUCGGGCCGUCUACUCUUCGCAGGCUACGACGACUUUGAGUGCAAGGUUUGGGACAUCACGAGAGGCGAGAAGGUCGGAUCCCUCGUAGGCCACGAGAAUCGUGUCAGCUGCUUAGGGGUCAGCAACGAUGGCAUCAGCCUAUGCACGGGCUCCUGGGAUUCGGUGCUCAAGGUCUGGGCCUACUAGACGGUACCAGUCCCGGCGACGCCGGGAACUGUUGCGAGGACCGCCGGCGUCAUCUCUCUUGUUCGGAUGAAUACUUGAAUCUAAUUUCAACCUGGUAACGCGCUCGCGAAUCGCCGAUAUUUUGAUAAUACCAGGACGAAGUCACGACAGCCUUUCUCAUCAGCCAUUUUCCUUACCGCCCUACGUUAUACUCGAAUCCCAUCCGACGAUGUACGCCGCCG